GUGCCUUUGCUCGUUUCUUGGUUUAGUUGACUCUCGAUGCAGGGUUGAUUAGUCGAUCGUGUCGAUUUGCGAGCGUUUGGCGUUUAGUUUUGUUGGCAAGUCACCGGCAAAACAGCUAUACAUUCGUCUGCUAUACACCGAAGCGAACGUACACGCUGGUGCAGUAACCGCGCACGGUAGUUUUGAGAAAAAUUUAAGUCCAAAUCAAAACAAAACAAAACACAUACACGUACGUCGUCCAACAAAACAGAUCGACAACGUUGAAUAAAAUAAUUAAAUUAAUUAUAAAACAAUAAUAAAAAAUUUUGUUAACUACAAUAAAAAAGUAAUUUUAACCACAGUCAAAAGAAACAAGAAACAACAAAAUUUAAGAAAAAUACGCACUUACAUUCAUACAUACAUACAGACAUACUUACUUUUACACAACUUCGUAAAUAUUCAACAACAACAACAACAACAACAAUAACAAAGAAGAACAAUUUCUCAAGUGAUAGCAAUUAUUGAUAACCACUAUCAUAUUCGCCACUAUCACUACAACAGCUGACACUACAUAAUAACGAUCAGCGAGCCAGCGAGCGAGCGAGCAUAAAGAAAGGGCAACCGCAGGCGCAGCACGCUUCAAUAGCAGCAAUUUCUUUGCAGUCGAACGUACGCCACUACUAAUCAUAUCAGUGGACAGCCAAUAAUAAUCUAUAACAAACAACAACAACUAUAGCAACAGCAGUAAUAACAACAACAGCAACAACGGCCAAUAAGACAACAAUCAUAAUUAAAUCAGCAGCCGAGAAAAUGAUUUCACAUAGUCCACCCAUCUUUAGCCAUAGUCCACCAGUCAGUUUCCUAUCGGACUACAUGAACAAUCAUCGUUACAAUGACGAAACAAACAGAGCGUCACGUUACUGUCGCCCUCAAGUGAUCACACUCGCUUCGAAGGCCAUGGCCAAUAGUGCGGCCGUCGCUUUCGCCAACCAUCAGCAGCUAAACCAGCAGACACACAAUCAAUCACAGCAGCAGUACCAGCAGUCGCUGUACAAUAACAACACGUCACCAUACCAACAACAGCAGCAGCAGCAGCAAACGCGUCUGCCCAUCACAGUCACUGCUGGCAGCAUCAAUAGCCGUGAGGGGCGUGUCAUUGGCGGUUUGCCGCGUGCACUCUCCGCACCCGUCAUACAGUUGCAGCCGAAAUCUUGCCUCAGCCGCAAAUCCUGCCUACAUCAUUCAGCGAACAGCAGCAGCAGCAGCAGCAGCGGUGAUAGUCGCAACAGCGAUGCGGCGGGUGUAGAGGUGGACUGCGUGAAUUGCAAAUGUAGUGGACAAAGCCGCUGUCGCAAGCGAGUAAUCUUCGCUGACGAUGAGGGUCAACCGCUGACAGAGGUGCGUGUUAUGUCCGAACCCUCAAAUGUGCCCCCGCUGUGGAGUACAAAAUUUUUGGAGCAAAUCACACAGGGCCUCGUUAGUCCACAUCCGGCCGAUCAAUGGACUGUCGACUUCAAACAGCCAGCAUCCGAUUAUCUAACAUUUAGAAAAAAGAUCGACCAAGACUUGGUCUCGCUGGAAAAUGUGAUUGUCAAGGAUGAGGAGUCCAUUGUGGUGGGCACUGUAAAGGUGAAAAAUGUUUCAUUCGAGAAGGAGGUGAUUGUGCGUGUGACAUGGGAUGAUUGGAAGAAUCAACAAGAUAUUUUCUGCACAUUUGCUAGGGCUUAUGGGCCGGCAACCUAUGCCCAUGUCGUCUUCGAUACGUUCUCAUUCAAAAUCACAUUACCGCCAUCUUCCAAACGCUUGGAAUUCUGCAUUUGCUAUCGUGCUAAUAAUCAAGAGUACUGGGACAACAAUGACGGCAAGAACUAUACUAUAACCAAGCGCUCACCCUUCUACUACAACGCGCUCUCGCCUUACGACAAGAAUUCAUCGCGCAACGCUGGUCGCGGUCCCGUGAUGUCUACACUUUCGGAAGCUUUGAGCCACGCAACUAAAGAGCAUCUAACGCAAAACAAUUGGAGUAAGGAGUCGGGCCCAUACUGGCAACAGAAACAGAUCGAGGAGAAAUAUUGGUGAGGUGGCGGAUUAUAAAAGGUGAUGAAAAAAGUAAGGAUGCGUACCGACGCGCCAAGUGGCAUGGGCAUGCGUCAUGAGCGCAAGUAGCCCAGCAACAGAAAAAAAUUAAAAAAACAAAAAAUUUGAGAAUCGCCAAAAUAGAAUGCAGUACAAUAAUUACAAAAAGAACAAGAAAACAAUAAUGACAAAAAAUACAGUUAUAAUAUAUUAUAUGUAUGUACAUAACAAGGACACGGCCGUUGGUUGCGCAAACGCGUACUCGUACGUCGACACAGGAAGAAUGCCCAAGGCAGCAGCUUUCCGUUUUUUUGUGGUGUGUGAUUGUGAUAAGCGCGAUAGGCGAAAAAGUUGAAAAAUAGCAAAAAUGAUUAAGCCAAUGCAUAUACAUAAGUAACAAAAAGCGGCGCAACUAUGUAUGUAUGUAUGUAUAUGAAACUGUAGAGCAUGAACCAAAACCAAUUAUAGUUAUAAAACCAUCUAGCGUCACACACACACACACAUGCACACAUACACACAUCCACACACACACACGCAUAUAUUACAAAUACAAAUACAACAACGUUAGAGGGACUAGAAAUUUUAUGGUGCAAUCAUUUUUGCCAACUAUUUGUGUACGUUUUGGAAAACGAAAGCUUUAACUUAAAACAACAACAACAAAACUGAUUUAUUAGCCACUGCAAGUGUGUUAGUGCAGCACCUUGCAUAGGCUUUGAUAUUAAAAAGACUUUAUUAGCAACUACUCAGAUGGGGAGGGAGGAGCAGUGAUAUCAACUCGCUGACUGUGCCGCUAUACAAACAGUUGAGCGAGAGAAGAAGAUGAAAUUAAGCAAAUAAUAAUUUACGACGUAAAAAAUGUUAAAGAAAAACUGUGAACAAAAGUAAAACGCUGCAACAAUUUGGCAUGAGUAAAGCGCAAAAGAAAUUGUAGAAUUUAGUUCAGAUAGUGCAAGCAACAACACUAACCCUUACAAUUGGUUUGCCCAGAAACAGAAUAGAAAGCGUUAAAAAGUGCUUAAGUGAAUUUAGAGCUGGUCUCAAAUUCACAACCAGAAGCAGCGUCGACUCUCAGCAGGGCGUAGAGGUUAGGUUUUAAAAGCCAAUAAAUAUUUGCUAGAGACUUUAUAAGCGAGAUAUUUACUGACUUUUGAAAUUAGCACAAAUUCUAACUUAGAAAAUUAACUGCACUAGGGAAAGCAAAGAACAACAACUGUAUAGAAAGGCGUGCUUAAGUCGUUUAUUGCAUACUUUCAGGCGCAAUGGCGCGGUUACGUAGCUAACGUAGAUUUGCUUACAUGCUCAUACACUAUGUGCUCAGCCUAGCUCAUUUAUUUACAUUUAUUAACAUUUAUUAGUUGUCAACUAAAGAGUUGCGUCUAAAAUAUUAAAAGAAAGUAAGAAUACGGUUAUGUGAGAACACUAGAAGACUCUUUAACACCACAAAACGUCAAUUCAGAAACAAAUUUUUUUUUUGGUUUUACUUGAAACUAGAAUUUUAAACAAAUUCGUACAUUUGAAUUGCUUGGUGACAAUCCUAGAAGAACAAGUUAGGUUAGUACGUACAAUCUUAAAGGCACUACUUGAGAAACUAUGCAACAAAUGAGCUGAAAUCAACUUUGAUGUGGUUAUAAAGCGUUUAAACUACAAUAACAACAACACUCAUACAAAAGAAAAUUUAUUAUAGCUCAACAUAUAUAGCCACAUAAACAAAAGAACAUCAAAUAUUUAGCGCAAAAAUAUGCAUAUAAAUUUUAUAAAA